CUACCACCAACCCCCCCUCCUCUCUCUCCUCCUCCUCCUUCAAAAAAAAGUUUUCAAGAGAGGGGAAGAAAAGUUGUUGAAAAGUUGCUUUUGUCGAAGUUUUGUUUGCACACAUUUAUGUAUGUGUGGGGAAAUUGACAAAGGCUUGUUUUCCAUAGUAAGUUUCGCCGUUCUGAUUUGUUCAGGUCAAGUAACCCAGACUGGUAGCUCAUGAAUAAUUAAAGAGAGGGAGUCCAGCCAGCAGAACCGACGCUGACUGAACACUCCUUGGAAACUUGAGUUUCCCCAACUUUUUUUUAUAUUUGCCUGGAGUUUGGAGACGGGCGAUCAUGAAAGUCCUGAUUAUUUUACAUCCGCGCUUUUGAAGACUGGACUCGUUCGAGGGGUGCGGGGGGGGCGGGGAUUAAAAAGUUUUGUUCGAACAAGAAAAAAGUUCUCAAAACUUUCUAUUUAUUUUACCUAUAUAUCUAUAUAAUAAUAACAGCAGUCUGGAAUGGAUCCCAAUCCUAUUCCACCACCGGGACAGACCAUCGUUCGCGUCCUGGGAGACUCUGAGACCGACCUGGAGGCUCUAUUCAACGCCGUGAUGAACCCCAAGCCCGGCACCGUCCCGCACCAGGUGCCCAUGAGGAUGAGGAAACUGCCCGAGUCUUUUUUCAAACAGCCCGAUUCGGGAUCCCACUCGCGCCAGUCGAGCACGGACUCCAGCAGCAACUUGCCCCAGUUCCAGGUGCAGCACAUCCGAUCGCACUCGUCCCCCGCCUCGCUGCCCGUCAGUGCCAACCCCAACCCCCAGCCGUACGGCCACCUCCGGCAGCAGUCCUUCGAUAACAUAGACGAUGUCCCACUGCCCCCCGGCUGGGAGAUGGCCAAGACCCCGUCAGGCCAGAGGUACUUCUUAAACCAUGUAGACAGGAUAACAACAUGGCAUGAUCCACGGAAGACCAUGAGUCAGAUGAACCUGAACACGGCUGGGACAUCAAACCAGAUGCAGCAGAGAUCCAUGCCUGUGGCUCAUCCAAAUCCUGGGCCAAUGCCUGAAGGGUGGGAACAAGCAGUGACACCUGAGGGAGAAAUUUACUUCACCAACCACAAAACCAAGACAACUUCCUGGCUCGACCCAAGAUUGGAUCAACGCAGCAUGAUGAACCAGCAGCAGAUGACGCCAAACACCACAGUGCCCCCUCCUGUUGUGCCCUCGCCGAAUUCUCGGAUGGCCAUGAUGAACCUGUCCAGUGCCAUGACGGUUCAGCAGAAGCAUCAGCAGAAGAUGCGGCUCCAGCAGAUCCAAAUGGAGAAAGAGAGGAUUAAGCACCUGCAACAGGAGCUCAUGAGACAGGAAAAGGCAUUGUAUAACCAGAUCCCCAAUCAGAUUCCCAUUGAAUCGGAUAACAUCUCCACAGCCCAGAAUGCAGUCUCUACACCGACUAUGACACAGGAGAUGCACGCCAUCACAAAUAAUGGCUCCGACCCCUUCCUCAGCAGUGGACCAUACCAUUCACGGCAGGCAAGUGCAGACAGUGGUUUAGGAUUAGGAAGGACACCUGAAGACUUUCUGGGUCACGUGGAAGAAAUGGAUACAGGAGACAUGGGGCAAACCGCUAUGACUGCAAAUCAACCCAGUCGCUUCCCUGACUUCCUGGACUCCCUGCCUGGAACCAAUGUGGAUCUCGGGACCCUGGAAGGUGAAGACCUAAUGCCAAGCCUGCAGGAGCCCUUCGGAUCGGACAUCUUGCCUGACGUGGAGUCCAGUCUCAACCCUAAAGAGACUUUCCUCACUUGGUUGUAAGCACUUCAGGAAGUUCAAGGAAGAAAGAAGGAGAGAAAGAAAACUAAAAUAAAAAUUGAGACAGUUACCUUUUCUGCUUGGAUUAGAGGCAAAGUGCCUCAAGUAGUGCUUUUUGUUUGCCUGAUGACUCUUACGCUCUCCCCUACACCCCAAAGUGGUAUAUGCUUGUCAUUUAAAUAA